AUGCGGCAAGCCGUUGCUGGCAUGACAGCAAACAGAGAUGAAAUGAGCUCGAGUGAGUAUCAACACAGCUCCUUCACCACUACCUCUGGAAACUUGGAAGAAGUCUUCCUCAAAUCUGCACCCUCUGUUCUAUCUCAUUUGUCCCCCAGAAAGACUUUGAGGCCCUCAACCCCAUGUUUCAGUGGAUGCGAUAUCUCGAGCCUCUUCUCUCCCACAGCCUUUGGUGGCCCAGCUUCUCGCCCGGAUGUACUUCGGAUCUUGCAGCUCUCAGCUGCGGGCAAAAAGCCAAAGCUACCAUCACCGCACCACCGAAUCCAUCACACCCACUAA